CCCGAGGGCCUCCUUUCCUUCCUUGACUCGUGUGACGCACCUCCCGUGACGGAGAAAGACUACCUCUUCAUUCGCGACAACUUACAGCUGGCCCAGGAGCACGUGCUGCGUGUGCAAAGCAAGAAGUCCGAGCCGCUGUACAUCCUGCAGGAGCGCGUGGACGGCAUUCUGCAGCACUGGCGCGUCAAAAUCGGGCUCCAACCAAGAAAGGCCUCCACACCCAACAUCGAGGAUAAGCCAGUGGCUCUGCGUUUGACGCGUCGCAUGCGAAUCAAGUUGGGCACCCCAGACACCAAGGUGAACGGGAAACAGCCGGAGUUGCCGAGGCCUCUCAACUGGCCUUUCUUCUACUACAAUUUCCGACUGGACCACGCCAAGCCGGAUCUCAUCUGGAAUUUAAGGACGCGCGAUGAAUUAAAAGAUGCUCUCGAGAAAGAGAUAGGCGAGUACCGUCGUGAGAGCGAGUACUUCUCCUACAGUUGCCUGGAGGAGCCCUGUUCGAACGUCGAGGGCGGUUGGGAGGAUGCCUUCGAGACUGGAAGCAUUCCCGACGUGGAGCAGUCAUCAUCACCACCCACAACCAAUGGGGUUGAUGCUGCUGGUUCGCCUGACCAGGGCAUUGAUGUUGCCGCUUCCACCCCUGCUAGUGAUGAGGGCGAGGGCGCAAGUAAGAAGCCUCCUGUAGACACCCUAGAGGCGCAGGCAAAUAUGGUGUCUUGGAAUCACGUUGAAUUCCGUGUGCGCUAUCACAGUCUCUCUGCUGAGCCUCAGGUCGGGAACUACUUUCUUCGACUUCUGCUGGAGGAGGACAAGCGAAUCACCUCGGCCGAAGCCGUCACCUCUACCGACGCACCAAACUCAUUGGGUUUAUCGAGAAUCAAGAACAGCCGGGACUUCUUCAGCGAACUGUUCCGUCGUUACCUGCAGUACAGCGCAGCCGCUGGCUCCCUCGCGUACUCUUCCUAUGGAGGUGGCGGUGGUGGUGGUGGCGGGAAUCUGGCCAAAAACAACCCGCUCGCUCGGUCGCGUCGGACAGAGCGAAGCAACCACCGGCUGUCGAUGCGUUGUCUGUGCUUGAAUGCGAUGGCCAUCGUCUACGGACGGUGCCACAAGGAGAUCGGAGCGGUCUCGGACAUACCCCUUCUUGUUCACCUCCUCGACAGGACGUCCUCGGCGGCCGAGCGAGACUCCCUUCUGACGCUCCUGGAAAAACUCGUUGUUAAUAAGGCAAGUAUCUGCGGUGUGAGGUCGAAUUCGCUAAUUAUGCUCGAGCGUGUCGUUAAAGCCUUUGAAACUGUGCUCCACCAUCUCCACCACCCUACCAUCAGCUCACCACCACCACCACCGUCAUUUCUAGCUCCACCGCAUCAUCUCCACUCUCGUACCGCCACCGUCACCCCACCAGUAACACCACCACGGCGCCAUCACAACCUUACCACUGUCACAUCACCACCUCAAUCACCACCACCCCCACCGUCAUCUCCAACUCCACCACAUCAUCUCCACUCUCAUACAGCCACCAUCACUCCACCAGUAACACCACCACGGCGCCAUCACAACCUUACCGCCGCCACGUCCCCACCACCAUCACUACCGAUUCUCACAGUCGCUCCCUCCUCCCCCUCCUUUAAGUACAACGCGGACGAAUUCCUUGAGGCGGACGGCGUACGCGUGGUGACCGACCUCGCGUGCCUCUCUCACCUCCACACCAAUCGGGCCCCCGUACCAAGCCAGACCAACGUCCUCAAGGCCGGUGACGAUCCGGAGAGCCUGGAAGGCGGUGGCGCCACCCAGCGCGAAUGGUGGUACUGGAAGACCACCGACCCUCCCGGUUCGCAGGGCCCCUUCACGUUCGCCGAGAUGCGCGAGAAGUUCGCCAGCGGGGCUCUUGCUCCCAACGUCUACGUGUUCGCCCAAGGCCUGGACAGCCAGCCGCGGUGUCGAAUCGACGGCGUCUACGCUGACUCCGACGACGAGUCUGGCGCGUCAAUGUCCAGUGCGGCUUUCGUCUCCUUCGGUGCUACCACCACCACUGGCAACAGCGCCGGCUCGAAGAACUCCACGCAGACGCCCUCUGCGUCCACAAUGGGCUGGGUGCCGGCCUACCGGGUCACGCAGCUGCGCUGGUCGGUUCCACGACUGCUCGGCGGUGAAUAUGCGGACGACGAGGAACGCGGGUCUGCCAACUGCACUAACGGCGGCGGUGAGGAUCUCAUCUCGAAGCUGGGCUACAGCCACGGCGCACUGUUGGAUCACACAGCGAUGGCGAUUCGCUGUGUCGAAGUCCUUCUCAGGCUCUGCGAGAGCAGCUCCUCGCGAGACGCCGCCACGGGCGGCAUCAUUCGACCUCUACCGCGUCCCAGACGAACAAUCUCCAACCCCUUCCACCUUCCUCACAUUGUACAGCUCCUCCUGACUUUCGACCCUCCGCUCGUUGAGAGGGUUUCCUCUCUCCUCCUUCACGUUAUUGACCAGAACCCCUGUCUUCCCCGCAUCUACCUAACCGGGGCGUUCUUCUUCAUCCUCAUGUACACCGGGAGCAAUAUCCUUCCGAUCGCGCAUUUCCUCAAGGCGACCCACCUCCUCCAGGCUUGUCUCGCUGAAGAGUCACCCCGACAGUCAUCCGAACUGCAGUCGCGCUCGGUGUUGGGCAAGAUCCUCCCCGACGCGAUGAUCUCCUUUCUCGAGAACCACUCGCCGGAGAAGUUUGCCGAAAUCUACCUGGGCGACUUCGACACGCCGGAGGCAAUUUGGAGCCAGGAAAUGCGGCGCUUCAUGAUUGAGCGUCUGGCCGCCCACCUGGCCGACUUCACGCCACGCCUGAAGAGCAACAUCCGUGCCAUCUACCAGUACAUCGGCAUUCCCACCAUCGUCUAUCCACAGCUCGAAGGCGAACUCUUCGUCAAUUGCUACUACCUCCGCCACUUCUGCGACACCAAUCGCUUUCCCGAUUGGCCAGUGAAGGACGCGAUUGCACUUCUGCGCGACAUUCUAGGCACGUGGCGGGAUGAAACCAAUAAGAAACCCUGCAAAAUCAGCUACGAGGACUCGCUUCGAGAACUCGACUUGGAUCCGUCUGCUCUCAACGAAGAAAACGAGGAAGCCACAAUACGUCGGGCGUACUACCACUUGUCCAUGAAAUAUCACCCCGACAAGAAUCCAAAUGGACAGGCCAAGUUCCACGCCAUCAACUCGGCCUACAACUUUCUGUGCAAUCGUAGUCGCAUUUCCGACGGUCCGAAUCGCAGGCACAUUCAGCUGCUCAUUCGCUCUCAGAGCAUCCUUUACAAUCGCUACCGCAGAGAAUUGGCGCCGCACAAGUACGCAGGCUACCCGAUGCUUAUUCGCACUAUUCGCAUGGAAGUCGAAGAUGAGAGUCUCUUCAUGAAGCAGAGCAACGAUGGUGACAAGACCUCGAGCAAGACCGCAGAACUCCUCUCCUACGCAACUGAACUGGCUUACGAAACUGUCGCGACCAGCGCUCUGAACGCGGAGGAAUUGAGGCGGGAGGGUGGGCUGCAGACACUCCAGGACGCUUUCGCCCGUUGUUCGGCUCUCCUCUCCCUCGACGACGCCCUCAACAACCCCCUGGCUGUCAGCGUGUGCUGUCACGUGACCGGCUUCUUCACCGUCUCCACCAAGUUCCCGGCGUCGCGCGAGUGCAUCCACGAGAUUCCCCAGAUCACUCGUGACAUCCUGCGCCUCCUCUACUACAAGGCAGUGCUUUCGACCUCGGAGGAUGAUGUCUUUUUUUGUUCGCUACGAUUGUUUCCACCCCUUAAUCUUCCUCGUCUGUGUUGCCAAGCGGCCGCCUGCAUUGCUGCCUUCUGCGACGACUUCUGGCUGUGCAGUAAAGUCUACGAGAACGGCGGAAUGUACAUGCUGCUUUACCAUGUUCUCGCCUACGACUUCACCCUAGAGGAAAGUGGAGUUGACACGAGCAGUGCUACUAAUACUCAAUCAGUUUUUUGGAUGCAUUCCUUGCACCUGCAACCAUCGUGUAACCCCUCUCUUGCACAGCUCACAUUGAAUCGCCUGUCUCUGCUGUGUCUCUGGGCAACCAGUCGUCUGCUUCACGGCUGCUCCGCAAUCGCCAGCCCCGAUGAAUCGCCGCACGAGGGACCGCCCGUUGAACAGGCCCUGAACAGGCUCGUGACGCCGCACAUUGCUCGCAAGCUGGCAGCCCUCGGCGCCAUGAAGGCUCCCACCCCGGUCGCGAACAUCGAUCGCCUAUUGGAUGGCGACUUCCUCAGCGCCGCCAGCGAGUCGGGCCAGGCGCUGCGUCGGUUGGCUAAACUGCUCACAAUCAAUUCAGCGACCCCCUGCUUCAUCUGGGACAAUCAGUGCAGAGCCGAGUUGACUGCAUUCCUGGACGACCAGGUCUCACGCCUCGUCAAGACGGGCGAGGCUGACCUGGAAGCCGUGAAGGCAUUCGCUCACAAGAAGUUCCAGGGAGAGCUCCUCAUUGGCGAGAUAUUUGUGCGCAUAUUCAACAAGCAGUCGACGUUCCCCUUGGACAAUUCACGCAGCUUUGCCAUCGAUCUGCUGCACUACCUCGAGAAGGAGGUCGCCCUGUUGCCGACCACUUCGGACGGUCUGCCGGCCACCACGCAGCGCGUCAACCACAUCGAAUCGGCCCUCGAGGCACUGCGCAAUGUCAUCCGCAGUUACGCCGGUGUCGAAAUACAGUGCAUCGGUCACUUCAGUAUUCUCUUCGCCAUCCUCGAUAUGAACGGAUAUACAAACAUGAAGUUGCGGUCCGUCGAGGUGCUACAUUCCGCGUCGAAGAACCCCGAGUGUCUCAACGACAUCCACGCCUCGAAGUUGCUUGUCGGAGCGGUCAUGCUAUUCCGCGCACUGCCUCAGGCACAAAUCCCCCUCGUGGAUUUCUUCAACCACGCGAUUGCCGUGAACGCCCUGUUGAAGGAGCUCGUCUACGCCGGCGGCUUGGUUUACCUCCUCGAGACGAUCGUCACCUCGGAGAUGCGCGACGUGCGCACGGCGUGCGUGUCCUUCCUCAGCCGGUGCAUGGCCAACGCCCAGCUCGGCCGCAGGAUCCAAGCCCUGCUCGGACAGUUCGUUCCCGCCAUCUUCCCCGAGACCAUUCGUGACACCCCCGAGCAGUUCAUCCCUCUGUUCGACGCCGACCACCAGAACCCCGAGCUUAUUUGGAACCAGGCCUGCAGGGAGCGCUUGAGCGAGGCCAUCAUCGAUAUGUGCAACAAAUUCGCCAAGCAGCAGCAGUCGAAUCGGUCACUGCGCUGGUCCCUCCCGGACUCCUACUCCGUCUCCUACGUAUCUGCGAUAUCCGAGAGUUUGCUUUCCCAAGGCCUGCUCACAGAAUCCGACAUCAGUAGUCUGGAGGCGUCUGGUGGUCUGGUCGUGGUGUCCGGUGUCUACCUGCAUCUCUACGUCAACCAGCCCGGCUGGAUGCUAAGGCAGCCGGACCAAGUCCUCGACGGGCUGAUGGAGAAGCUCCUUGAUGCAAGUCCUCUCACCUUCCGGGGUUUGCCUUCUUCGGCGCAGCUCCUGCGUUUGUUGAACCGGGCUACUGUGCAACUCCUCACCGACCGGCCGGGUCUGCUGGACGGACUCCCCCGAAAGGGCUACCCCCAUCGACUUUUCGAUCUCUUCCCCACCGUCAAUGAACCGGAAGGCGCUAAAACCUGUGCCCUUCUUCUCCACCGCAUGUCUGUUAGCAAGUUGUGCGUUGGCGCGAUGACAGAACGCGAGACAAUGGCCGGCUACCUCCACGUGAUGCGUCACUGCAUCGGCGAGGAACUCGGCACUGUUGGCGAAUGCCUCUUCAACAUCUUCAACACCACUGGCUGUGACCCCCUCGUUGCUCAAGCCCUGAAAUGCGACCUCAUCGACUAUCUCCUGCAGACCCUGCACCAGGGAUUGCCGGUCACGGUUCGUGAACCGGGUCAGUGUCGAGCCUACAUCGUCAAGGCACUGAAGGUCAUGCAGAAGAACCCCGUCUACGGCACAAAGGUGGCGGAGAAGCUGGAAUCGGAUCCGAACUGGGCGGAGUUUCGCGACCAGAGUCACGCUCUGUUUCUCACGAACGCGCCCCAGUCCACGGCCUCGGCGUACCUCACUGCCGGCGCAGGGGGCUCAAGCAUGCACGCCGGUUUCCUCACCAGCGGCACCCCUGUCCCUCCCGCCGCCGCCGCCUCCUCAUCCUCCUCCUCGUCGUCCCAGAGUCACCCGCAGCGACCCCCAGCCCCGACCGUUCCUCCCAUGUACCCCAUGGGCCCAGGCGGGGUCCCUACGGCACCUCCUCAACUCCCUUGA